CCCAUAGCAGGUGUUUCCAGAACAGAGCCACCAUGCAGCAAUCACUGCCCACCUCCCAGCCACAGCCCAGGGCUCAGUGUGGAUCACUCACUUGUUGAGUCCUCACUCACAGCUCCCUCCUCUCUCUCUCUAGUGACUGGGGGGUAGAGCAGAGUGUGCUCUCAUUCCUGCUUCCUUAUGGACACACCACACCCUACACUCAGGUAAUGGAGGAGGAGGAGGUCACACCUGUCUAUCUCCCUCCCUCCCCCACACUAUACUGUCACUAGGCGACGCUCGCACUAUUACUCGCAGAAUGUUAAUGACACAGUGUGUCACCUCCGCCACAGGGAGAGUCAGGCCACCGGAAACUACACGCGCGGAGGGAUACCACUUCCGCGUCUGCCAGGCGAGCCGUAAAGUGACGCGUUUUACCGUAAAGCAGUGCGCUUCGUGUCGCGCAGCGACUGUGAUCAGCAGUCUGAGCGGCCAUGGCAGCCACCGGUGACAAGUCCGUGCUGUUUGUCUGCCUGGGUGAGUGACGGUGUGUGGGGACACGAGGCAGGAGGUAGAAAGCCGCCGCGGUUUAUUGGUUAGAUGUCGUGAAAGCCUGGCUGGCCGGCUGUGGGCUGCUAUAAAGUCCAAUAUGCUCUGUUAUUACCAUGUACAGUACUGUAAUAGGGAAAGGGCCCGGUGGAACACUGCAUGGCAAGGCUGGCAGCUGCAGACAGAGAGAGAUGGUAACUGUAUCACUAUGAGGCUGUCUGAGGGUGAUGAGAGUUUUCGCAUGACUUGCUAGUCCUCUUAAUUUUCCCUUAGAGCCUCCCAUGCUCCAAGUUCCCUAAUUUUAAUAAUAAAACUGGAUGACUAGGCUGGAAUCUGCAGCCCUAGAGAGAUCAUAACUGUAUCCCUAUGUGGCUGUCUGAGGGUGAUGAGAGUUUUCGCAUGGUUUAGUAGGCUUUUUGGUUUCACCUGAGAAAUCACCUCCCAUGUUCUAGGUUCUAUUUUUAAUAAUAAGAAAAACAUACUAAUAGAAGACAGUAGAUCGCACCUGAUCUGUUAUAGCAAAAACAAAGCGCCCAGUUGUGACCGACUAUCUAAGGUACCAGGUCGAGACUCCAGGGGCUUCACCCUAAUAGAUACAAAAAAAGCAAAAACAAACAACCGAUACAAGUGGUCAUAACCCAUAUGACCCACGGUAUCACCUGGAGAUCUACGUAGUUAAAUUGAUAUUAAAAGUAACAAUAAUAUGCAAGUAUACCUAGUAGCAGGUGAAUAUAUAUGAUUUCUAGUGAGCCUCUAUUAGAUAGUAAUAGAGGCAAAAUAGGAGUCUGAGUGAACUAAAGUAAACUGUGCUCCUAUAUACAAAAAAGGAUAUAGUGGACCAAAGUCCUAUACAGGUACUGUUGCAGGUAUACACUGAUGUGACCUUUAUUAGAUAUGGCUCUUAAUAUAUCAGAACAUUCCCCUGAUAUUUAGUCUCCUGUUAUAUACUCAAAGAAUAAAUCUUCAUACCGUGUAUCCACUCUGUCUAUAGAGUAAAUCCUGAUAUAUCAAGAAUUGGCCCCUCAAAGAGCCCUCAGUAUAGAGGUUUGUAGUGCUGACUGGGAUUUAUCAGGUAACAAUGUCCUCAGAGGAUCCAGUCUGUCAUAAAUUUGAUAGCGUUAGGAUAGAGAGUAAGAGUUCCAAUAAGCUAUCAGUAGAGAUUAAUUAUACAGCCCUGCUCCCUGUUUAACUGACUGGACAGAGGUAGGAGCAGUGAAAGGGUAAAGGAAAAAAAUCACAUACUAAACAAAAACCAUGUGAGGCAAACAAAGUGCCGUGUCAAGUGCCUAUAGCCCAAAAAAAGAAAAAAAAAUGCCGGAUGCGCGUUUCGGUGCUGUAUAAGACACACCUUCAUCAGGGGAAAACAUACUUCUAACUAAGACUCACUUAUGUACACUAGUACCCCAUAAUGUGUGUCUACAUUCAGCCAAUAGGAUGUACAGAGACGGUGGGAGUAAAUGUGUCCGACACCUGAAAGGCAUCACAUAUUGCUCCAGUCUAUUAGACUCUUCACCCAUUGGUGGCCCAGACUGUGUCCCGCCCCACGUGGUGUAUACUGGGCAGAGUUAAGAUAGGUUGUGUCUUGCCAGAUUCUUCAAUGAGUAUAAUGUGGGCGGAUACUCCAUCAAUCCUUCCCUGCAAAUGAAUAAUGCUCCGUAGUAGGAGACCUCCCAUGGAAGGAGCUAUGAUAGUGGGUCACAUUCACAUCACUCCAAGACAUCCCAUAUGGGUCAGUAAUGUAUGAAGUGUCCGAUGAAUGAUUCUAGUAUUAUCGUUUAACGUGAGUGUGGAUAAAUGAUCGUGAAGAUUCACGAUCAGGAGUAUUUCUCUAUUCCCAUUGUUGCGAUCCAAUAUGAGAAUAGUCCUAACGGACCAUAACUCCAUUAGCAAGUAUGUAACAUUGGGUGAGUUGCAGGCUCAGUUCCACUUAUUGGUGUGUGUUACAGUAGUCACUCUUCCAAUAAUGCCUACGAUAUAUGUAACCCCGGUCUGUCUAAUCCCACACGUAUCGGGAAUAUGACAUGUUCUAUUGGGUGUCCCCUAAACUGGAACCGAUCCAUAUAAAACCCAAAGUACGUUAUCAGAUGCAUAUUACUGGUAUCCAGGUAUGUGUUCAUGAGGUCCCCUAAUCCCAUAUGUUAAAGGGGAAAUACAUUAUAUAGUUCAUGUAACUGAUGUUCAAAAUACAAAUUCAUGAUAUAUGCAAUCUAUCCCCAUAGCUGUCCCUCUCACCUGGUGGUAGUAUUUCCCUUGGAAGAUGAAGUAAUUGUGCAUGAGAAUAAAACGCAUCAAAUCCUGAACAAAUUGAUUGUCUUUUUGAGGCUGUUAGACAUAUGUCCAGAAAGGCUUUUAGAUGUGCCAAACCCACUUCAUGUGGAAUAGAGCUAUACAAGCUCUCCACAUCCAGACUGCAUAAGAUAGCGUUAUCGGGAAGCUAUACUCCAUCUAUGAUGUUUAGGAUGUGUUUGGUAUCUCUCGGGUAUGAGAAAAGGUCAGUGACUGUUUUUCUUAAGAUCUGGUGUACAUAUAUGCUCACAUUCUGGGUUAGAUUAGAUCUAUUUGAGACAAUCUGUCUACCACUAAGUACAGACUGCUGUUUGUGUACUUUUGGUAGUGAGUAAAACAUGGCAAUUACGUGUUUUUGUUUCUUUUUUAUAAUCAUAAAAAUGUAUUCAUCUUUAGAAAUCAGUAACAGUGAAAAGGCUUCAGCUAAAAUAUUUUUCAAUUCUGACAGGUAUUUUUUAGUGGGGUCUCCACUUAAUAUUUCGUAGGUAUCUUUGUCCUCAAUUAGUCGCUGUACCAUGGAGAUAUAAUCUGUCUUAUCUAAGACCACUGUAAUACCACCUUUGUCAGAGUGCUUAAAGAUGAGGUCUUCCAUCCCUUGCACUUGUUUAAGGGAUGUUUUCUCUUGCGGUGUGAUAUUACUGUAGGGUUGCAUCCCAAGAUCUUUUUUUAUUCAGUUUCUCUAUCUUACUACAGGUUAAUUCUACAAAUAAGGCAAUGUAUUUGAAUUCUGCAAGGUGUGGUGUAAGCAUGCUUUUCUUCUUAAAUUGUGUAAAGGGAGGUUGUGGGUUCAUAGAUAUGUCAUUACUGGACAAAAGGUCCACAAGCGUGUCUAGUACGCCAAUAUCCGAGGGCUGUAAGUCAAGGUUUUUUGCUCUUUUUUUCUUCUCUAAUGCGAUGGAACUCAUGGAAUGCAAGUUUCCUUGCAAAUAGGUGUAUGUCCUUUGUCCAGCUAAACUUGUCAAAGUCAGAAAGUGGAAUGAAGGACAGUCCUCGUUGUAAUACUUGCAUUUCUGGUUUAGUAAGAAUGUGUGAAGAGAGGUUGACGAUCUGAUUUUUAUCUUGCACUAGUGCCGUUUCCUUCUGUAUUGUGGGGGUCUGGAUCAACUCCGUGUCUGGGGGGGGCUACAUUGUCCUCCAUAUUUGAAUGUCCUAAAAAAGAUACCCCCGUUUUAGGAUACUUCUGGUAUUACGCUCAUCAGUAUUUGUGGUGCCUGUCUGAUUAGAGUAUGGUUCUGAGCUGCUUGUCUCAUAUUCUGAUGUUGAAAUCAGCUCAGAAAAGCUUUUCCUAGUUCCCCUAUUCCUUCUAUAGAUGUUCCCACUUUUAAAAUCUUUGCUGUCUCUUACAAAUUUAGAAUGUUGUGUUUUUAUAUUCUGUUGGAAUUUAUCCAGGUUACUCUUGAGCUUAUUUUCUAAAGAUUCAAAGUUGAGUUCACUCUUAAAUUUUUCAAUUUUACUGAUCUGAUCAUCAACCUCUUUGUUAACUUUUUCUAGUCUUUUGGAUUCAAAUUUACAUAAGAUCUCCAUAAAUCUUUUUGAACAAUUCCCUGCAGCCUCUUCCCAUUCUUUAAUAAAUUCCUCCUCUUCAAUAUGUGUAGCUGGGAUAUUUUGAAUCCUCAAGCCUCUAGGUAUUCUUUUUUUAAGGUAGUUUUAUAAGGAUGCAAUUUCCCACCCUGUUUUAAUCUGUUGUUGAAAUAAAUUAGUCAGACAAUUAAAAGAUGAAGUGAUAUCUUCACUAAGACUGCUACUGAUUUCCUGAUCUGAGAAAACUUGAUCAAUAUUUGUACCCCAUAUAUCUUUCUUGGAUUUAUCAAAUAAAAAAACUGGCCAUGAUACACUUGAUUGGUACUAUGGUAUUGAAACCUACUGAAACAAGAAGAACAUACAAAUAGAAGACAGUAGGUCGCACCUGAGCUGCUAUAGCAAAAGCAAAGCGCCUAGCUGUGACCGACUAUUUAAGAUACCAGGUCGAGACUCUAGGGGCUUGACCCCAAUAGAUACAAAAAAGCAAAAACAAACAACCGAUACAAGUGGUGUCAACACAUAUGACCCACUGUAUCACUUUUUUUUUUUUUUUUGAAGCUUAGAAAUUUGACCGGUCGCCACAGAGGGCCAAAUAUGGACAAAUUACAGUUCUGACCGGAGCAAAUCUCCAAAUUUAGUAAUUGCAAUAUAUUGUGUCCUAUGAUUUAUUUUCACUAUUGACAUACUUUAAUAUUAGAGUUCUGUGAAUUAUGUCCCAACAAACAUUUUGUAACAAUUGCAACUUUUUCUCUUUAGGAAACAUUUGUCGUUCGCCCAUAGCUGAAGCUGUUUUCCGGAAGCUGGUUACUGAUGAAGGCUUGUCAAACCAGGUAACUUGUGGUUAUAGUAUUUAGACUCUCCUAGUGUCCUCUCCUGUUUGGUUUUAUUUUGGGGGUUUAACCUAUUUAAAAAUAAAAUAAAAAAUUAAUACAUUUAUAUACAGGGUAUCAGCAGGAAGCCCUACCUGUCAUUUUACUAUGUCUUGGUGCACCAUCAGAGAAUUCAUUACAUUACAGUGGAACAAAUCUAUAGAGUUAUUCACUAAAGUGAUAAUUCAAGGUGCUUUCAAAUGCAUCUCAAAUUUUUAGGUCAAACUAGCCAAACUGAUUCCCUUUUGAAUUCUCUUAGUAAAACAACCCUUAAGGUAAAAGUGCCAAAAAUUCCACCUUCAUGAAGCUUAGAAAAGCCUCCUUGGUGAAGUUGUAGUUGCUGUCUAGAGACUUCCCAGCUUGGUGUACAGAUUUAAUUCUCAAACCUUUUAGAAAUGGUUUCAUGUUAACCAGGGCUCUCCACUGGAACCCAUGGAUCACCUCCAUCUUAGCUGGACUAUCCCACUCCAUGUACGUGUCCAGGUUGGACGAAAUAGACUUUGAUUAAAUGGACAGUUUAAGCAGUUGAGAAAGGAGGUCUUGUUAUAUGCAUGAAUACAUACGUACACAAUUUCUACAGACCUCCAGAACAUCUCCAUUUUAUGCAGUUUAGGGUCUGUACUUUGAUGUUAAAGCAAAGAACAAAAGAAGUGGGGAUGUUGAAAAAAAUUGUUUUGAAUAGUUGUUAAACAAAAUCUAAUGUUUGACUCCUCAAAGUAGCCAACUUUUGCAGAGAUAACAGAAAACGCAUGUGGCUUUCUUUCUACGUUGAAAAUUCAAUUUUAUUCUGAAUGUUCUUCUCAAUAUAAAUAUAUAUAUAUAUAUAUGAACAUUCAGAAUAAAAUUGAAUAUAUAUAUUCUAUCAAUAAACUGACACCUGUUGUUGUCACACCACCUCACAUGAGGGAUGUAAGGGAGGACGAGCAAAGGGAAGGAUCUGGGGUGCACAGAGGUCGUUAAACUGUGUACAUGCAGCCUUUCAAGCUGAAAUGCUACACAUACUAACUCCAAGCACCAUAACCACUACAAAUCACUGAAGUAGUGAUUGGAGUAACCCUUUAAUCGGGACCCACUGUCCCACAAUCUCCAAUUUGCCAAAUUACGGCCAUAUUUAUGUAAAUCCGCUCCAUGACCCACUGUGACCAUGAUCGUAUUAAUUGACUUGCUCUGGUCUAGAUUGCCCUGAUCUAGAUGUCAAAUAUUAACACUCAAACCAAAAUUUUGUAUUUUAAGUUUUUUAAGCUAAGAAUUUAACUGGAUUUUAUUUACAUGUGCAAUUGCCAUUUAAAAGCAAGUAUUUCCAGAUUCUUUUUCAGAUACGUUUUUAAAGUGUUUUUGUCAUAAACCUAAAUUGAUUCAUGCCAACUGUAGUUUUUUUAAACUUCUUUAUUGCAUGAUUUUAAGUAGUUGACCUUUUCUAUCCUCUGAGUGUCAUAAGAUGUACAUGCGACUAAUAGUUUUUAAGUACAGAAUAUGUAUUUUUAAAUUGGAUAUAUAGCGACAACCCACCACACCAAGCCAACACACCUGCAGGGUAGAUAUAAUUUUUAUGAUGUGGUCUUUCUGGCUUUUCAGGAAACUGGGGAGUUGAACAAAGUUAGAAAUGCACAACUGGAAAUUUUUAAAGUGAAAAUAGAGAAAGUUCAGCUAGCAACCGUUUACAUUGUUGAUCAUUAGCAUUUGGUAUAAUUUUUAAAUAUGCACCUGACUAUAUGCUUUCAAAAUCCCUCACUUGUGCAUACCUAGAAGAACUGGAUCUGUGUUUUUUGUUUUUGUUUUUUUUAAAGCAAAGGGUGGUCACAUCAAAUAUUAAUUUGAGAUUUUUCUUUUGCUUCUUUUUCCUCAAUUUGCAUUUUGUUAAUUUAUUACCAUUUCUGCUUUCAAAAGCACCUGCCUAAAACCUUUGCAUAUUAAUGUAUAUCUUUUUAGUAAUAUAGCACAUGUAUAUUAAAGGAACACUCUAACAUUAUAUAUGUAUUAAUAACAGAAUGUUCCUCUGCUUGUUUAAACCGUGAAAUGAAGUAAAACUCACAUUUGAUCCAGCACUGUCCUGGUCUCUUGGCAUGUGCUCCUUCUCUACAGAAAUCGUCCUGACUGCUGAUCUGGUACUAGGCCAGUACUUCUCAUCGAGAAGCAUUGAGAAUUUACAGCACAUGUGAGGCAAUCUCUGAAACCAGCCUGUAGGAAGCAUUAACAUAUUUAAUAUGAAUACUUUUAAUAAUUGAAAGUCUUCAGAAUUAUGUGCUUUUAGUGGCUGACGGCCAUUAGAGGUAUUCUGACUGACAAAUAUUUCUCACAAACGGCAGUGUUUAUAUUUCGUAUAAUGUAUUAUAGUGUUGUUGGUUUUUUUUGUUUUGUUUUUUGUGUCAAAUGUCAAUGCAUCUCUUGUACUCCGGAAAGAGUCGUGGCGGUAAAGAUUACACGUGAACUCCUUUUAUCUUUAUAUGUUUUUAGGACUAUAAUUCUAUGAGUUGCCCAUUGGUCUGUCACUCUGAUUUGAUAAAUACAUCCCUAUAAAAGAAUUUUACGAUAGCAACUAAAGAGAUCAUAAAUAGAAAAUGUAGUUGUUCUGGGAAUGGCAAACAGUCUUUAUCAUGAAAGAUUAAGUAAUGAAUGUGCAAACUUCCCUAAAUGUUUUAUUAUGGAAUUGCCAUGACAACUAUGUUGUGUGUCUGGUGUUUUUUUUUUUUUUUUUCCUCUCUCUUUCUUUAACAUUAUGAGGUAGGGAUACAUUUCUGAUUCAUUCACUGUUUGGGCAGCUGAACUGGAACCCGUGAAGCUUCUUCAGUUGUGUAGCAUCAGCUGAGGCAGAUAAUAAUGUUGCUUGGUUCAUUGAGUAACAUUGUGUGUCUAUCUGCCUGAAAAAAAAAAUUCCUGGAAAUUAAGUGGUACAGGGCUCGGCAAAUCCCAGAUCGCCAUGGCGACUUGAAAUUUUGCCCUGGCGCCUGGAAUUUGAAGCCCUUUAGCUAAAGGCUCGAUGGAGGUACAAUGGGUCCGGUUGGCUCAGUGAGCGUGCAGGCGGCCGCCCUGGGCUGUGUGCAGGCUGCGGCAGAGCUGGAGUGAGCAGUAAUCUUCCUGUAGCUCCUGUCUGCUCCCUUGUGCUGUAUAGUGAUGCCGGGAGCCAGAAUAUGAUGUCAUUCCGGCCCCAGCAUCACUACAGGGAGCAGAGAGGAGCUACAGGUAGAUUACUGCUCCCUCGCACACAGGAGGAGCAAGCAGCCCCACUGGACCCCAGGGAAAGUCCACUCAGCUCUACCAGAUAGGGAGGCUGGGUGGAUUAAAAUGGAAAAUGUCAAUUUGUGUGUGUGUCUCUGUUAAUAUUUAACAUCUCAGCUAAAUCAUCUCCGCUAAAUCAAUGCUUUCCUGUAGGAAAGCAUUGGGAAGAUAUUACGCAUGUUCUCUAUGAGUAACAUUCAGCACCUCCAUGCAGAGCGUGGAGACGCUGAACAAAGGUGCUGCACACUGUCCCCCCUUAGCACUGUCACGGGACUCUCUAGUGGCCGUCUGAGUGACAGUCACUAGAGGUGCUACUAGGCAGCAAUGUAAACACUGCCUUUUCUCCAAAAAAAGGCAGCAUUUACAUUGAAAAGGCUACAGGGACAGGCGGUAGGCACCAGAACAACUACAUUAAGCUGUAGUGUUUCUGGUGACUAUAGUGUACCUUUAAGAAUUGUAUAUUUCUCGUAAAUUAAACUUCGCUAGUUUGUUUCUGUGUGUGUCUCUCUGUCUUUCUGUCUCUGUCAGUCUGUGUGUGUGUGUCUCUUUCUCUCAGUCUGUGUGUCUCUCUCAAGGCUGCUAGAGCCAAAUAGACUCUGGCCUAUCAGGAGUCCCAGUGAAACUUCAGAUAUCUGCUAAUACGAAAAGGUGAUGAAGGACAAUCCUCAAUUUAUGCAUUGCAGCACAUAGAGGAAGUGAUAUCGGGACAUCACAAUCCUAUUUUGGCACAGUGCUGCUAAAAGGUUGCCUACCCCUGUGCUAAGCUAUACAGGAGUUCAUGCGAGCUUUAAUUAUUAUCACGUUCCCACCACAGCAUUGUAGAAAGGAUAUGAGCCAGCUGACAUGCUUUAUUCCAUCACAUUGAUAUUAAGUAUUUUUAAUGUAUAUACUUUAUCCAGAGUAAUACAAUGUUUGUUUUCUUUUAAAAAGUAUUUUCUAAUGUGUAAAUUUGUAUAAUUUUAAACUAAUGAAUAAACUGUUUCGUCCUAGUGGAGCGUAGACAGUGCAGCCACCUCUACAUAUGAAAUCGGAAAUCCUCCUGAUUACCGUGGCCAAAGCUGUAUGAGGAAGCAUGGCAUCUCAAUGAGCCACACUGCCAGGCAGGUAUGUUGCCGCCAUUUCAUACUUUAAUUGAAGUAUAUGAAUUAUGUUUUGUGUUGCAGUGGUCGAUAGACAGCGCUGCUACUUCUGACUGGAACGUGGGUUGCUCCCCAGAUUCAAGGGCCCUAAACUGCUUAAAAACUCAUGCUACCGAAACGACUCAUAGAGCAAGACAGGUAUAGGACAGCUUAUUUUGUAAUAUAUUGUCAAAUCUGUAAACAGUGGUUUAUUUACUUUACUCCAACUUAAAACUUUCUGAUCUAAUUUUUUAUUUUCUUCUAAAAUGUUAGAUGAGAUGUAAAGCCUUUUAUCGAGGCAGUGCAAUUUUUAUAGUUUCUUAGUGCCCUAUAAAUAGUCAUAUGCCCUGCUGUAAUCCUGCAAACCUCAUUGAGAAACCAUGACAUUCCCUGAUGUCGGUGGAAUGCUUUUACGCAUCAUCUCCUUCUAUGAUUUUAAAAACACUGAAAAUGUUGAAAUGAAAGAUAAGAACACUGGUUCAGUAUUUAAAAGGACGCAAUUUACCUGUAUAACAGUCUCAAAAUAUUGCUUUUAUGCAGAGAAAUGAGAUGCUCUGUUUGAAGCACCAGAGAAAGACUAAAUAUAUGUUGCUUUAAAACGUCAUCUGACUUUCUUUAAUAGGAUGCAAUCUGAGCACGGUCAUACAGACUCGUAUCUUAUCCGAUACAUUCUGGGUUUUUUAUAUACAGAUCACCAACUGACUGCAGAUACAGCUAAUGAUGGUUUGCUGUCUGCAUCAUCAUGCACCCCAACCAAUCUGUUUUGGCUGUCUUACUGUCAACAUACUGGUUCUUCUCUAUUGAUUUUAGUUACAACUUUUAUUUGAGGGUAGCUGUGAGUGACAAUCUGCUAAUUAGGACAGCCUGUAUGUUUUUGGAUGAAGCUUGGAAGUUCCCAUGUUGGGUUCUUAUUGGUACAAAUUGUGCCAUUUUUAUCCCGGUCUCUAAAUGUAUGUCUUUGAGCUUUGUUUUUGUUUAAAUAAAAGUUCACUGGUUCCUUCAGCUACAGUUAAUUUUCAUAAAGAAAUUUUCUGAAAUUAAUUUUAUCACAAAAUGAGGCUAAAAGAUGCUAUAGCAUAAUAAGCACCGUGUGUUUAAUCAUACAGUUAAUACUAUUCUAUUAAAUGUUAGUUUUGUAAGUGUACUUAUUUCGUGGGCACUGGUCAUUAACCAAGAGGACAACUGUUGUUUGAAAUAAGAUUUAAUUCUCUGAAUAAUUAAUGGAGUUUAAAGGAACAUUUGAAAAUACGGUCUUCAUGGUAUAUAAAAACAAAAAUAUCCUUUUGUUUUACUUAAAUCUGGGUGCGUGCCUCGUAUGAGACUUGCUACACUGUACGUACUCUGUUCUCGACUUUAAGCUCCAUGGUACCUAGUUUGCUAUUAAACCACCAACCCCACCUCCCCUCCCCACUUGGUGCACAUUCCCUUAUAAGGAUACUCAUCAAGAAUAUUCCACAUUGCUACCAACGCCUACUACAGGCUAAUCUUAUGGCUUCACCACUCCAGCGUGUUGUGCACCUAUAAACAAUUAUAUGUUUAAAGCAUGACCUAAUCAUUAUAUAAGCUGUGCAGCAACUGAUUGUUCUCCUAUCAGCAAUCUAUGUUGCCAAAAAUACUGGUUUUCCCUCAUCACCGGGUCAAUAGACCACUGGUUGCUAUCAAUAUUGUAAAGCAAUGCUGACACUUUACGGUUCUGUUGUCCCCUGUUCUGCAUAAAUUUGUUAAACCGUACAUAUUGUGCAAUAGGAUGUAAAUGCACCCAUUUCUUUAUUUUUAUGUUUAUCUCUUUUCUUGCAUACUUGAACAUUGUAAAAUAUUCAUGAUGCACAGCAAAAAUUGUAAAAAAACAGAUCCUGACAGAAAUUAAGAAGAAUAAAGGAAAGGGAGAAAAGAUAGAGCCAUUUAAUUUCAUGUUGUCACUAACUGAAGUUUAUUAUUUCCAAUUCAACCUCCUUCCUCUCUCCCGCAAGAGUUUUGAAUAGAAUGAAAGAUUACUAUAGGUCAUCGUGUGUUAUUAGGUUAAAAUAUUUAGACUAAGUGCUUUACAUAAUUUAAGAGUGCUAUAGAUAUUAAGUCUUAAAAAAAGCCUUGUUUCCCCCCCCCUUUUCUUUUUGUUAAACACUUGCACUGUAAAAAACAUACAAAUGUAACGUUUAAAAAAUAUAAAUAAAUGAUUUGCCGAGGAAACCCUGCAUGCCAAUGACUCCUUGAGGCAUUGUCAUCCAUUUUUCAUUUCCCACUUCCUUUGUAGUCUAUAUGUUGGAUAUCACAAAUAGACAUCCAACUCUGCCUGCCACUAUUAUGUUUGUGACCUCUGAUCCUACAGUAGAAUCUGUUUUAUUGGUUUGUUCAGCGCUGUUCUGAGGUGCAUGUUUAUUUGGAGAUCUGCACUGUACUGUGGAAUCAGCAUGGUAGAUUUCUUGCUCUCGUCAGAUUAAACCAAAAAUAGUAUCUCCAUUUUAAGAUGUGAAUAUGGCAGUAUUGCUUACACAGGGGAGAAGGCACUAUAUCUACCUUUCUUUAAAUAAGCCAUGCUCUUCUCCUCGUCCUAGACUUACUGAAGGAUGUUCAAAUCAGGAAGUAUUUUAAUUUAGUUAUAAAUGUGCAGAUAUUUAUUAAAAGUAUUAAUAUCAAUAAGCUAGGUUAAUUGUACUUUUAUAGUUAGAAUCUAUUCUGAAAAUAUAUUUUUUUUAACCCCUAUGAAUGAAAAUUACUAUCACCAUUUUAUUUAUUAAAUCUGUAUGUGCAAAAUGUUGUAAUAACUAAUUUCAUGUGUUUUUUUUUUUUUUUUCUUUUUUCUUUUUAGAUUACUAGAGAUGACUUCCUCUCCUAUGACUACAUACUGUGUAUGGAUGAAAGUAAUUUAAGGUUAGUAUGUAAAGAUGGAUAGUAAUUCAAAAUCAUUGACAUGCGUUAAAUAUUAACGUUUAUGUAUGUGUGUGUUAUUAUUUAAUUUCCCACUGUUAGUUUCACAUUCUGGUUGGUUGGUUCGAUUGUCGUGGAUGUUCCUCAGUCUUAUGGUUAACUCCCAGCACCAAUACAUUUUUAUUUUUUGUGAAUUCUUUCUUUGCUCACACACACUGUACAUUGCUGCUCUUGGGUAGGCUGACAUUUCGUUUUUGAACGAAACCACCAGAGAAAAAUCUGUUAAUAUUAACUUGGAUUUAUUUAAUUCCUUACCUCCAAACUACCAUAGGGUCAUCAGGUUCCUGUACCACAACUUUGGGUUAAUUCCCUGGUGUUCGGCAUUUGGAGAUACCAUGGAAAUGUCUGUAAUAAUCUUAGCAUGCACACAUCAAGAUGCAGUUAAGUUAUGCUAAGUAUUGUUGGGGCAUCAAGCAAAUGCCUAUAGCUCGUCCCAAGCACUCUGCUUAUGUGCUGCCAUGCCAAGUUCAACCACCCAUUUUAGGAACCUCCAGUGAUGCAACUGGAAUCACUGACAUGCCACUACAGACACACUCAAUGCCUCUCCCAAUUUCAUGCUUCUCAGUGUUGAGAGGUAUGCUGUUCUUUUAGCAACCUCAAGUAUUUUUGCAAAAAAACUAAAACAAAACACAGUUUUGUUACAUACACUGCAAGUCAGCGCUACCCCGAUAAAUGAUCAACCUGUUAGGAUACUCUUAAAGGGACACUCCACUGCCCCCAAAACAAACAUUGAGCACAAUAUCUAAAACUGCUUGAAAAAGUUGUAGUUUUAUUGUCUGCUCUCUUUUGCAAGUCCUUUCACUUUCCACAAGUCCAGACUUUAUAUGGUUGUCCAACUUCCCAAUGCAACUCAAUAAUAAGUUGUUGGAAGGCAGGUGCUCUGAGCAAUUGCUGCCUCUUGAGUUUAGCUCCACUGAGCUAAACAACCAGGAAGGCUGACUGACAGCCAGGGGGUGUAACAAGAUGAAUUGUAUAAAUGUUACAUUUUCUAUUGAAAAUACACACCUUUCACACAUAAAACAUUUCAGCAAUUUAAAGUGCUUUUGGAGUGUCCCUUUAAUAGUUUUCAAAUUGAUGACUUUACCCCCAUACAUUCCUACUCUGCAAUAUCUUAUGAGUAUAGUUAGCAUUUCUACAACUUAAGUUAUCAACUUUUUACUUUUCAGAGCUGUUGGUUAAUCUACAACUCCCAAAAAAACAUUGCUGUGAUAACUGAUGCCAUUAUUAAAUGCCUUCCUUGAGAAAGGCAUUAAAUUUGAAAGGACUAAAGGGAACAGUGUCCGUUUUACAAUGCAUAUAGUGUGUCUUUACAUUUGCUGUUGUAGUUUUUAAAGUGGUAGCACAGUCACAGUUUUGUGUAUCUGACAUUCUUAUGCACCACAUUACAAAAACAGAUUUCAAUCUAUACGAAGUACAUCUUCCAACGAAUUCCACUGUACUGCAAGCAUUAUGGGAUGUAACUCAUAGCCAUAUCUAUGGAUUUUACUGGAUUGUCUCCAACACAGUGUAAAACAUUUCAACAAUUAUCUGAAGUGGAUCUUGCCCUCCAUAUAUCUUAUGGAAAACCAAACCCUUUAAGAUCCUUUUUAUGAAACGAAAAUUAUUAAUUCUACUCUUACACGUCAUCAUUCAAACCACUGUUUUAUUUGCCACUGAAAUAGUGCAAUAUUAAAUAAGGGUUACAUGAAUGCUUGCUUUCUUUCAGAGAUCUGAAAAAAAAAUGUAGUCAAGUUCAAAACUGCAAAGCUAAAAUCGAACUCCUUGGAAGCUAUGACCCUCAAAAAAGACUCAUUAUUGAGGAUCCCUAUUAUGUAAGUUUUCAAUGCUGGAACAUUAACAUUUUUCAUAUGUACUCAAUCUUCUCCUUAAUAAAUAUAUAUAACACUUGUAUUUCAGGGAAGUGAUGACGAUUUUGAGACCGUCUACCAACAGUGCGUCAGAUGCUGUAAAUCAUUUUUGGAGAAAUGCUCCUAGUAUUCCUUUAAAAGUACUUGAAAAAUUAAUGAAAUGACAUGUGAUUGCUAUAUCUGUUGUACACCUUUUUUAGUGUCUCAUUUUACCAUGGAAUAAAGUCUUCUUUACAAACUGUGUAAAUAUUUUGAGUCAUGCUGUGAUGCUCUCCAUAAUGUUAAAUAAAUGCACAAUUAUUGUUUUCCACGGGCAAUUCACUUCAACAAGAUCUUUCAUUUAACAGAAAAAUAAAGAAGUUUUAAUUUAGCAAAUGCAUUGUCUUUAUUUUAUAAAUU